UUAGUGGAAUCAAUGCUUCCCCUCUUGGGUCUAAUUGAGAGUUCCGGAAACACGCGAGCACUGGUCAAGCUCUUGCUGUCGACUGCACAUGCUUCACCUGCAUAGACUGUUUCCGCUUCUAGACGCAAAAACUUGUACAGAAUCUAGCAUAGGGCAGUAGACGCCUUUUGUACCACUGUAAAAUCGCAGAUAUUGAUCUGGGCACCCUUCCAUACGACCACUGAUACUCUUGCAUUGAAGCUACCACAUUUUCUAGACAUUCCAAAAACAGCAUUCUUAUCUGAGUCCUUUACAGCCGCCAUCACGACCACCAUGGCGUCCCUUCUCCAACACUCACCCCUUCACCAAGCUUACCUUUCGCGCGCUCUCUCUUUCCUCCUCGUCUCCGCUCUCAUCGCCGCAUCCGCCGCCGCAUCCUCCGCCUCGCUCUUCGCGCUCCCUUCGUCUCUCGACAUCCGCUCCCUUCCUCCAUCGCGGCUCGAAUCCGCAGCAGGCCCGUCCCACGAGCCGCAGGUGCCGCCGCACGGGGCGCCCUUCGAAGCGCAUGUGCCGUCAAGCGACUCAGGACUGGGGUCGAACGAAAAUGCCACGGCGGUCGAUAGCCCCGCGACUCGAGACUUGACGUUCUCUCCGUUUCACGUCUUCCGCGCUCCGUUCGGCUGCGCCCUCAUCGAAAUCCCCGAGAAACGCGCGCCGGAAAUCCCGGAUGUUGAGCUGUCGGACACGUCAGACCCCACUGAUGAUGACGUCAGCGGAGUUACAAGACUGGAUGUUUCGUCAACAGCAGACGCGCUAUAUCUAGAAGAAACCGCGGUGAGAAGCAAGAAGGGCAGAGAUAGCUCUCUGGAUCAAUCUCAGGGGGAGAAGGAGCGGGACGACGGGGAGGCGGAGUGGGAGGCGGAGCGGGCCGAGGGGGAGGCGGAGUGGGAGGCAGAGGGGGGCGAGGGGGAGGUGCGCACGGUUUUUGGCGAGCUUGCUGCGCCACUGACGGUUGCGACUCCGCUGCGCGUGUUUCGAGCUGCCGACGGCUCGUUAAUGGAGGAACCCGAGAUAAGCGACAACCCGGUGCUGUUCACCAGUUUAGACGAGCUGUACCUUGAGGAAGUGGUUGUACGGACACGUGCGGCACGCGUGCGGACACGUGCGCCACUCGCGCGGACACGCGCGUCGCUUGCGGGGGAGAGCAGACAGUUGGAACGGGGAGUGUCGGGGGAGGGGGGCGCAGAUGGUGCUAUUUUCGGGGCGUUCCACGUUUUCCGGGCAGAUAACGGCUCGCUGGUGGAAUUGACGGAACGCGAAGCUGCGUUGACGGCGACGGACGGUGACCGCUUGCCGCUGAUGGAAUUCAACGGAGCAUCGUUAGCAGAUCUUGACCGGCUAUACAACCAAGAAAACCCCGUCCGUUUCCGUCCGUCGCCCCCCUCCUCCUCCCCAACACCCGUUCGUCGACGGCUGCGGAUGACUGCCGAUAAACAGAUAGAAAUCGUUUAUGAGAACGAGGAGGAGGAGGACGCUAAACCGAAAGCUGCAAGAGAUGCUGGGGACGAGGAGAAGGAGGAGGAGAACGAGGAGGAGAACGAGGAGGAGGAGGAGGAGCGUAGGGCAAUGCAACCCGUGCACGUGUUUAGGGGAGCAGAUGGGGUUUUACAUGAAACAGACGAAGACAAUAGCGGGGAUAAACGAAAUGCCAGUGAGGGUGACGACGAUCCAAGCGAGAGAGGGUUGGACGACGGUGUGGGCCGCGGCGAGCGCAGGAGGAAGGGAUUGAGAAUGAAUUCGAGGGAGGAUGCGCCGGGCGAUGCGCCGCUGGACGCGCCGGCUGAUGCGCCGGUUGAUGCGGCUGAUGCGGCUGCAGAGGCGGAGCUGGAGUACGAGUUUGCAUUGGCGGUGCGCACGAGGAGAGUAAUGACGUUUGGGGGAGUGUAAGCUGAAACGUCGCUCGGUAUAGAACAGAAGCCUGUAUUACUGUACUCUGCAAAUACUUAUAUCGUGUAU